AUGCUGUAUGAGCCGGCUGCCCGCGCGAGCAACGAGCUAGAAAAGAGCCAGGAAAAAGCUCUCGCCUACGCGAUCGAGGAAGUGAUGGCUCCGAUCAUCGGAGGGCUCAAGACUGACGUCACAAAAAUUCUGGACAAUGUCUACAACGCCGUCACCGGCUUGACAAACCAAUGGGCCGACGUCCAGCAGUCCAUGACUAUCAACAACACCACUGAGAGCCAAGAAACAUCCCACCAGGCUGCCCAGGCAGGCGCUCAAUCGAGCAGUAACAUCUGUCAGCUAUGUGCCGCUAACCACGACAUCAGCAACUGUACCAGCUACAAUAACUGGAUCACUCGACGCGAACGAGCAGAAGCGCUAUCGAUGUGCAAGCACUGUCUCACCGUCGGUGUCACUGAUGACGACUGGCAUCACGAAGGCUGCCCAAAAGCCAAGGACACUUGCUCCGUGUGCGCCAACAACACCAAUCGUGUUGGCUGCAAAUACCACCAUGAAGCUCUCUGCACUUCAGUCAAGACCACUCGCAACAGACGAGCUUGUAAGAACUCACGCAAAGCAACUGACCGUUCGAGAAAUUGGAGAGGCUCAUUCUCACAACAACACGCCGGAACGACUUACUUCCGUCGUUAG